UGCUCCUGGCCGGGGCUCGCUCUGCAGUGGGACCCUCCGCUGUGUGUCCCAUGUCAGGGUUUGUCCCGUAGGACAGCGGGGUUUCUGAUUCUGCCCGGGUGCUGCCGCUCGUUGACAGAAGAGCUGGCUCGGGAGUAUCUACUUGUCACAAAACCACCUCGGGAUCCGGGGAAUUUUUCCUGCGGCUGGGGGUUUGCCUCGUAGCCUGGCGUUAUUUGAGUCUUCUCCCUCUCCAUCAACUAAUGAUCAGAUGAAGCUACAGAUGACAUGACCAAAGUCAAAACAAUGCAUGAACUGAUGAGAAACAGCACUCAGAACUUCAGCUUCCUCGUUGCUGGAAACCCUAAGUGCAACUUUACUACCAAGAGACCCUGAUGUUAUGUGAUCACUGAGCACAGUUUGUAAGAAUGGAAAACCAAAGGAAAACCAAAACUAGUAGCAUCUCAUAAAUAAAAGAUUUCAAGAUUCAGCUGAAUCAAAAAACUAUUCCAGCCAUGGGAGAAAAUGCAAGUUUUUGGGAAAGUCUGAUAUAUGCACAUCCUACAUGUACCAGCUGGAAGCAAGAGGCAGAGGGAUCUAUCUACCACCUAGCCAGUAUUUUCUUUGUCGUGGGCUUCAUGGGUGGAAGUGGAUUCUUUGGGCUCCUCUACGUCUUCAGCUUGCUUGGACUGGGCUUUCUCUGCUCUUCUGUUUGGGCUUGGCUGGAUGUGUGUGCUGCUGAUAUAUUCUCCUGGAAUUUUGUACUGUUUGCCAUUUGCUUUGUCCAGUUUGUUUAUGUUACCUACCAAGUGCGGAGUGUUGCCUUUGACAGGGAAUUCCAGGAACUCUACAGUGCUCUCUUCCAGCCUCUGGGGAUUUCCUUGACUGUGUACAGGAAGAUUGUCCUGUGCUGUGAUGCAGAAGUGGUUACCCUGGAGAAGGAGCAUUGUUAUGCCAUGCAGGGCAAAACACCUAUUGACAAACUGUCCUUGCUUGUGUCAGGCAGGAUCAGAGUGACAGUUGAUGGGGAGUUUCUGCAUUAUAUUUUUCCUCUUCAAUUUCUGGACUCUCCUGAAUGGGAUUCACUGAGGCCCACAGAAGAGGGAAUUUUCCAGGUAACGCUCACAGCAGAGACAGACUGUCGGUACGUGGCCUGGAGGAGAAAGAAGCUCUACCUGCUGUUCGCCAAGCACCGCUUCAUCUCCCGCCUCUUCUCCAUCCUGAUCGGGAGCGACAUCGCCGAGAAGCUGUACGCACUCAACGACCGGGUGCACGUGGGCCAGGGCUUCAGGUACGACAUCCGCCUGCCCAACUUCUACCACGUGGCGCUGCCGGAGCCGCCCCCGGUGCUGCCGCCGCCGCGCCCGCACCGCCUGCAGCGGGGCUCGCCGCGCCGCCCGCCCGCCGCGCCCGCCAACUGCGGCUCCUUCCUCGCCCCCUCCUAGGCAGGGACACCCUGCCCCAGGCACUCCUCACAGCGCUGGAGGGAAACGGGAGCUGGCGGAGCAGAGGGGCAGAGAGACGGAAGCAGACGAAGCCAAAUUUGACUGACAAGUGCCAUUAACUGUUAUAAGUAGAAAAGCUGUCCAUUUUUUUAAAAGGUUGCAGAGUUCACAGGUUGGGCUAGUUGCUGCCAGGGUGGAGUUCUAACCUUUUGUUAUUGUAAUCACCUGUCGUUGUCAUUAACUACCCGUCGUUGAUGGUUAAGAAUUCCCCCUUUUGUCGAGUGGUACCCUGCUGCUUCCUGGAGGAUGGCACCCAGACGGAAGGUGAAGAGGAGGAGACCUCGGAGUUGGCAUGGAAAUGACAUCCAGCAUGCAGCCAGCAUGCUACGGGAGAAGCCCCUCACCAAACCUAACCAAAAACCCCUAAAAACAACGAGCCAACACAAAAUUGACGAAUCAAAAUGAUGACUAGACGUGAGGAACAGAAUCCAGUAUCUGCUAAGAUCCUUUUUCCCCUCACCCUAACGACAAAAGAUGUCGGCUAGAUAGAGCACCUCGAAUGUUGAAUGGGAAAGAGGGGAGUCUCUUGAUGCUCUCAUGAGGAUUGGAACCGCAGCUCUGCCCACAGACCAGUGGACAAAGCUGCACUCUUCCUCCUCCUUGGGGUCACUCCUGGGAGCAGCAGCUGAGUGAGCAUGGACCCCUCGGUUCUCCUCUGCCUGAGAAAGGUCUCCUGCUCAUGUUUGGUGUUUAUUUCAUUAACUGGAGUAGGUUGAUUUCUUUAUCUCAAGCCAGCGGGUUGGCUUCUGCAUUUUGACUGUCUGUGCAAUAUGUUUAUUUUCUGUUGAUACUCCUUCAUCUCUUUUGGAGUAGAACAAAUCAUAACAGUACGAGGUCUUAUUGCAAUUGUGCUGGCCUCUCUGGUGGCAUGUUGUUUUUUUGUAUUGUUUUGUUUUUAAAGCAAGCCCAUGGAAUUUGUAACUAUAAUUUCCUCAAAAGAUUUUGUCACAAUGAAGUAUGGUCAGAAUAGUCAAUGAAAACAACUAAGUCAUCUUCAAAAUAUACCAACUGGUUUAUAAUGUUCUUUUUUAUGCCAUGUGAACAUUCUCUCAAUUUACAUGAAUAAUGUUGCAGAAAAAAACACUAAGGAACGAUUGCAUUGAGUUUGUUUCUUAAAGAAAUGAAAGAUAUUGAAAUGCACAGCAAGAUGGUUAAAAACCCAAACAAAACAACAAAUUGUGUCCCAUGAGUAAUUGGUUUCUCUCUGACUGUCCUCAAGAGGUAAUACGUGAAAACAAAUACAAGUGUCAUUGCUGGCAUUAGAAAAAUGCAAAGAGCUGUGACUGCUGCAAACACAGCUUAGGGAAAUGUUGUGUAGCAUUUCUGAUGGAAUGUGAUGCUAUAGGACCUGGGGUUCUGCAGUGUCAGCGCCCUUUGUGACAUGUACAAUAAAUAACGUUAAUCAAUCUACUGCCAAACCAUUGGAGUUUAUUUUAUAAUAUUCCUUUUAACUAUGUUGGGAAGAGACUAAAACAGCUGCAGCAAUAAAUACAAUUUUUAACUGA